CUCUCUCUCUCUGUACUCUGUAGUGAAAGACUGAUACCAUGAACUUCCAUUUAUCGGUGGUCAUUGCUGUAGUUGUUGCAGCUUUCCUGCAACUAUUCAUAUCAGCUGAGAUCCUAGAAACUUCUUCCUCAGAGACUGAUAGAAUCAGUGAGUUGCCAGGACAACCAAAGGUCAGCUUCCAACAGUUCUCAGGAUACAUCACUGUGGAUGAAAAGCAAGAGAGAGCACUGUUCUACUACUUUGUUGAGGCAGAAACAAACCCAGCUUCAAAACCUCUUGUUGUUUGGUUCAAUGGAGGGCCUGGUUGUUCUUCUGUUGGAAUAGGGGCAUUCUCUGAGCAUGGACCUUUUAGACCAAGUGGUGACAUAUUAAUCAGAAAUGAGUAUAGCUGGAACAGAGAAGCAAACAUGUUAUACAUUGAGUCACCAGCAGGUGUUGGGUUUUCAUAUUCUACCAAUGCCUCCUACUAUAAAAUGGUGGACGACGAGAUGACUGCCAAAGACAAUCUCAUGUUCCUUAAGCGCUGGUUUCUCAAGUUUCCAGAAUAUAAGAAUAGAGAUCUCUUCAUCACUGGAGAAAGCUAUGCUGGCCAUUAUGUUCCACAACUCGCACUUCUCAUUGUUCAGUUAAACAAGGAGGAGAAGUUGUUCAAUCUGAAGGGCAUAUCUCUGGGUAAUCCUCUUUUGGAAUAUAAUACUGACUUCAAUUCAGUGGCUAUAUAUUUCUGGUCACAUGGGUUGAUAUCAGACUCAACAUACACAGCCUUCACUACAAUUUGUAACUACUCUCGCUACCAAAGUGAGUAUUUCAGAGGCACUGUUUCCCCUGUUUGUGCCGGAAUUGCAAACCAGGUGUAUGGAGAAAUUACUCGUGACUACAUUGAUUUAUAUGAUGUCACACUUGAUAUCUGUCUAUCAUCUAUUCAAUCACAAUCGAAGGCUCUCACUCGCUCGCAAUAUGAAGAUAAAAUAGAUGUCUGUGUAGAUGAUGAAACACAUAACUAUUUAAACCAGAACGACGUACAAAAGGCUCUUCAUGCUCACCUUGUGGGUAUCACCAGAUGGAAUUCUUGCAGUGAUGUUGUCCACUAUCAGAUGCUUAACUUAGAGAUACCAACAAUUCAUAUCUUGGGGUCACUUGUCAGAUCUGGGAUUCGAGUAAUGGUUUACAGUGGAGAUCAAGACUCUGUUAUACCAUUAACGGGGAGUCGGACUUUGGUCCACAGAUUGGCAGAUGAAUUGGGACUCAACACAACUGUGACUUAUAGAGCUUGGUUCUCACAAAAACAGGUUGGUGGAUGGACACAAGUGUAUGGUGAUAUCCUAUCCUUUGCCACCAUUAGAGGUGCUUCUCAUAAAGCUCCAUUCUCACAACCAGAGAGAUCGUUUGUACUGUUCAAUGCAUUUCUUGAAGGCAAGCCAUUACCAGAAGCAUUCUGAAUAUAGAAUAAAUCCAUUGAUAGAAAUGGGAAAAUAAUUUAAUUAUGAUGCUUUAUAAUAAACAGGGGGAAACUAAUGCUCCUAGUUGCCCUUUUAGGAACAUAACUGGAAAUCUGUACAUCAGGAUGGUAAUUUUGGAUUUUUACAAUUCUUUUAAUCGACACAAGAACAG